ACCGCCGCCUUCACCGCCCCAAAAUCCCUCCCACUUUCCGCGGCGAGCCAGUAGCCAGUAGAUCCGCCCACCAAUACCCGGCAUCAAAAGGAAGGCGCCCGGCUCCGGCGAUGUCCCCGACGCCGGGGCGGGUGAGGCGUCGUUCCCUUCGCUGGCCGACCUCGCUAUGCGGCGGGAGAGUCUCAAGAAAAGUCUGCUAAGCUUCCCCGAGGCGGCGGCGCUGGACGAGCUUCAGCUGGACGAUGCGGCCGACAGGAUCUUCAGGGAGUACGACCCCUCCACCGCGACCCCGACCCCCGAAGGCAUGGUUCGCCUGGACGACGAGACCAUCAUCGACGCCUUCAAGUUCGCCAACUGGUUUUUGACCUCCACCGCCGAGGACGAACCGCCUGCCGGGGCGGAUCCGCUGGUGUGGCUGGAUGAGCGGAGGCGGACGCUAGACGAGGAGACGAAGAGGUGUGGGCCCAACAACUCGCGGUUGGUCAUCGCCAAGAUACGCGUCGACUUGCUCACCAAGGGCUACGUCGAGCUCCCCAGGUCGUACGUUGAGUGCAUCCCCCAGGAUAGAUGAAGCAGCUAUGCAAAGUAUGAUAGAUACAUUGAUAUAGAUAGACAGAUACUUUGUCUCAUAAUAUAAAAGCGUUUUUUACACUACACUAUUGUCAAAAAACGCUCUUAUAUUAUGGAUCGGAGUGAAUAGAUCACAGGAUGAUAGGUACUUCCUCCGUCUCAAAAUAGAUGACAGAACUUUGCACUAACUUUGGAUUAAAGUUAGUAAAAAGUUGAGUCAUCUAUUUUGCAACGAAGGAAUUGGUGUGAUAAAUAUAGAUACAAAACAUGAGGAUCAGUGUGCGCUUGUUCAUGAAUCGGAUUCCUUAUUCUGCAGCACUUUGUGAAAAAAAAAACAUAUGUUUCUUUUGAUCCCUAGUACCUGCCAGUGCCAUGGCUAUUGCAAUUUAUAUUACAUGUAUGA